GAAUGAGUCCCUCGUGGGGCGGGUCAGCCACACUGUGGUGACUCAUUUCAUCCUCUUAGAAAUCCCCAACACCGAUGGUCUCCAGACCAUCCUCUUCGUCACCUUCUUAGCCUUCUACCUCUGCACUCUGCUGGGCAACCUGCUCAUCUUCUCAGCCAUCGUCGCUGACGCCCGUCUGCACACCCCCAUGUAUUUCUUCCUCUGCAAUCUCUCUAUUGUGGACCUUGGAUUCUCUUCUAUCAGCACCCCUAAAUUGCUGGCCAACCUCUGGGCUCAGAGCAGGGUCAUCUCACUGGGCGGGUGCAUGUCCCAGGUCUUCUUCUACCACUUCCUGGGCAGCACCGAGUGCCUGCUCUGCACCGUUAUGGCCUACGACCGGUACGUGGCCAUCU